UUAUUUACGUGCAUCACGGCGGCUCAGACCAGAGUCUCUUCCUGCGCGUCUGACAUCUCCUCCACAGGAGCUGGGAGCAGCUCUCUCCACACCCCCACACCCACAACAACACACAGCAUCAUCAGCGUCGCAACACUGAGCAGCACGGACCUCAGCAGAUGGUGAUCAAGCUCUGGCUCUCCGAACAUCACCAGGGUCUCAGAUCGGAACACGCAGAGACCAUUUCUCAACACCACACACCAGAACUGAGCACUGUCCUGCACAGAGACGUUCCCGAUCACCAGCCUUGUGCCGGAGAGAUACAUGUGUUCGGGUUGUUGAUACUCAUAGAUAAUAAAGACUCGUCCUUUGCUUCUGUUGCACCUCAGGAACCAGAGGACCUUAUCAGUCUGACUCCAGUCCACACAGGGGAGAGUGAGGUCCUCCCCUCCAGUGAAGAGCACCGCAGCAGCAGGCUCAGGACAUACGUACAGGUCUGAUCGUCAACUGUAAGCCGUUUUACUCCCCACGUGAGUUCGCUUCAUUCAUUCUGGCUGCCGUAUAUAUCCCGCCCAGCGCGGAUGGACGCUCGCGGAUCAGGUUCUGCAUGUGGAGCGAACUUUCCCGGACUCUCCUGUGAUGGUGCUUGGUGACUUCAACAAGGCGACUCUGAGUGAGGAGCUUCACAGGUGCAGGCAGGUUGUAAAAUGUCCCACCAGAGAGCAGAGCGUGCUGGAUCACUGUUCCUCAUCGCUCCGCAACUCUUAUACCGCCCUCCCUCGAGCUGCACUGGGUCUCUCUGACCACUUGAUGCUUCAUCUUGUUCCCACAUACAAGCAGAAGCUGAAGCUGGCAAAGCCUGUGGUGAGGAGCAUGAGGAUCUGGACAAGUGAAGCUAGAGAGGAGCUGCUGGCUUGUAUGGAGACCACAGACUGGGAGGUGUUCAGGGCUGCGACCAAUAAUCUGGAUGAAUAUACAGACACUGUGACUUCAUGGAUCAGCUACUGUGAAGAGUGCACAGUUCCAACGCGCACCAAGGUGAGUUAUGCAAAUGACAAACCUUGGUUCACAGCUAAACUCAACCAGAUCAGACGGGAGAAGGAGGCAGCUCGCAAGAGUGGGGACAGGAAGUGCUACAAAGAGCUGAAGUAUGGGUUUCAGAGGGAGCUGAAGAAAGCUAAGGCCGCAUACUCUGACAAACUCACGCAGCAGUUCUCAGCCAAUGACUCGGCUGCGGUGUGGAGAGGGCUCAAGGUGAUCACUAACUACAAGCCACGUGCCCCCCACACUCUGAAGAACCUCGCUCUUGCACAGGACCUGAACAACUUCUACUGUCGCUUUGAGCAGCCAUUUUGCACCAACACCUCUGUGGUCUCUCCAGCCCCAUGUUCCACUUCACAACAAAGGACUGUGCUGUCUCUUAGUGACACAACUGAGACGAACGAUGUCACUGAGACAGCAAAGUCGAUCACAGUCACUCUUGAUGAGCCACCCCCUCACCUCCCCCCUCUUUCUCUUGACAUCAUGGAGCAGGACGUGCUCACUCAUCUCCUGGUUGUCACAGAUGAGGAGAGUGGAGUUCCUCUCCAGCGUUGCCCCGGGUCCAGCACUGCUCCAGGUACUGACCCGAGUGGGAAACAGCCAGAUCUGUUAGCCGAUAAUAGGAGGCGGAAGAGUUCCACAGGAGCUGCUUCCGCUCACUGGUCCAUCUGGAGACGGAGCAGAAAUCAGCGGUGUCGUCCAGGUGGAAGUCAUUGACGCUCCCUGGUGUCAGGAUGACCUCAGCGUGGAUGUUGGACAUGAGCGCCAGCAGCAGCAGCCAUGCAGCCAUGGCGUCGAGUGAGAGGGACUCAGCUCUGACAACAGCGUCAUGUUCGCAAUCUCCACACCAUCAGUAGCUCCAUGCGACCGAAGAUUGGAUCAGGAGGAGGCUGCAGCUCACUUCCUGUUGGCUUUAUCAGGUGUGAAGCGUGGAGGAAAUGAACAUCAGCUGACAGCGCUUGUGUAUGGGACACCAUUCUUGGAAACACACCUACUUGUUGGGACAUUUUGCUUGAUGGGAACAUUAGAGGUUAAGCCUCCAUUUAAGGAUUAAGGCGUCAACAUGAUUGGGAUUAAGUUUGAUCAUGAGGAGUCCUGGUUCAGGCGAGCCAUUUGUUUUGGCUGCUCAGGCUGGGGACAGCACUGUCACGGAAAUGUCCCCACAAAGACAGCGGUGUGUGUGUUCGGGGGUAUUUACCGGCCGGCCAGUGUCUCACUGGCACAUAAUGACUGGGAUGGUUUCGGCACUCGCAGGAUUUAUCGCCGCUUUUGACGCCACUUUCCUUCUAAAUUACAGCUGCGGCGUGAACAAUGAGGCGGCCUGCGAGUCAGAGUCCCACGGUCCGACGCCCCCACCUCCCCUCACACCUUCUGCUCUCCAUCUCAGCCUGACUCGUCCUCGAUUCAGGUCACAGCAGCUGUAGCCUCCUCGUGUGCUGUUUCUGCUGAAAGCCUCAGACAUCUUCAGAAGCCUCUCCAACCUCACAGCAGGUGCUCCACCUCUCUUCACCAUCCGCUGGUGACACCUUCAUCAUGAACCUCAUCUCUUGUCCUCUUCUUUAUCUCCAACAUUCUUGGUCCAAAGUCUGACCUUUUUCUUUGUCCCAAUGAAGGUAUCUCCAACAACCUAGAAAGUAGAAGAAAGGCGACUGCACGAGCAGCAGCCAGUUGGGCAGCUCCUGUUCUUCCUGAGCUUUUUCAGUUUUUCUGUCCUGUUUGUGUGUGGAUUUGCUGGACAGUGAUAACCCAGCAUUACAUGCUAACACCAUGCUACAAAGACGGGACCAGCACCAACGACAGCGAGCUGGUGGCAAUGGUCCUGCAUCGGUGGGAGAGUGUAACACGAUGCUAGUCACGGAGCCGUGGCUAGCAGCGGAUGCGACCGUCGUACGGGUUCCAGCUCUCUGUCCAAGGCUGGGUAACUCCUCCAGAGACGGACUGAUCCACUCUCACUGCAUGGGGGAGCGACUCGGUCGGUGCGGAAGACAGUGGUGGACCCUAACUGGACUCAGUGUUCAUUGUUGGGCAUUUUGGAGAUUUCUACACAUUCCUCUUGCACUUUAUCAUGUGUUAUUUUGUUAGUUUUACGUAUAUUUCAUUUUUAUUUUUGGUUACGAUGCUGAUUUUGCUUUUUCUAAAAUGGUUUUCUUUGCUUUCAUGUUGAAAUGCUGCCAUAACAACCAAAAUUUACCAAUUGUGGGAAGAGCAAAUCCAAACUAAUCCAAUAUAAUGUAUUCCAAAAUAAUAAAAUACUUUACAUUAAGUAUAAAAUA